AUGAAAUAUCUAAUUGUUGUUUUACUAUCUUUUAUAAUUUAUACAUUAUAAGAAUUAAAACUAUUUAAUACCCCUUAACUUAUUGAAAAAAUUAAAUAACUAAAUCAAGAUAAUGAAUCUAUUCCAUACUAAAUAGCUAAUUUUGGCUCGAUACCUUAUGGACGUAAAAUAAUAGGCGAGUUAAAACUUUCUUAACCUUUUGAUGGUUGUGAUGGAGUUGAAAAAAAAUCUACAUUCAUUUUAAUAGAUCGUGGAAAUUGUACAUUUGUACAAAAAGUAUAUAAUUCAUAAAUAUCUGGAAAUAAAGUUGCAAUAAUUAUGGAUGAUAAAUAAAGAAAUUAAGAUAUUUAAAUGAUAGAUGAUGGAUUUGGAUAGAGAGUUAAAAUUCCGUCAAUUUUUAUUUAAAAUAAAUAUGGUGAAAUAUUUAAAGAUUAUCUUUAAAAAAACUAAGGUUACAUAUAAUUGGUCUUAGAAUUUUAAGAGAAUAAAUACACUAAAACAUUAUUUAAAUUUUUUAUUAAUAUUCCGUCAAAGGAAUCAAAUAAACUAAUUUAUGAAUUUAAUUAAGUUCGUAAUAAACUGACUGGAAAUGAAGUUGUUUUUGAACCUAUAUAUGAUAUUUAUUAGUGUAAUUCCUGCAAAAAGUAAGAUUUUACAAAUGAAGUACCUGAUUGUAUUCUUAAUGGACGUUAUUGUACUAAUGAUCCUGAUAUUUAUAAUAAUAGUUAUGAUUUAUCCUCAUAAUUUCUAUAUAAUGGAAAAGAUUUAGUUGAAGAAAUUGUAAGAUAAUUAUGUUUAUACAAUUAAAAAGAAGACUUAUGGUGGUAAUAUAAUAUUAUUUUUAGCCAAGAUUGUGAUCAACCUUAAUUGUAUAAGGAAUGUAGUUAGAAAAUAGUCAAAUAAAUUUAAGCUGAUGAAAAUUUACUUUAACAGUGCUUUUAGAAUAAUACAUAAAAAAAGGAAUCACCAAUUUUAUAGAGAUAAAUAGAUAUCUUAUAAUAAGUAAAAAUCUUCAUAUGGCCAUCUGUUAUUAUUAAUGAUUUAAUCUAUAGGGGUAAUUUGGAUGGAGAAGAUAUUUUAGAAGCUAUAUGUGCAUCUUUUGAGGAGGCUAAAGGAGAAUGUAGGUAUGUAUUGGAUCCUACUUUGGAAGAAAAGGUAGUUACAACUUCGAAUUUGUGGAUUAUUAUAUGCUAUAUUUGUGCUGGAUUCGUUGUUUUAUUUUUGAUUUCAGUAUUUUUAUAUAAGAAGGUAGUUUAAAAGGAAUUAAGAUAGGGAAUGAGUUAAUAGGUUAGUUAAAUGGUUAGUAAAUAUAUUGCAUUUUAUGAAUAGAAAGGAAAGAAAAUAUAAGAUGAUGACUAUUGA